AUGCAAUUUUUGAGAGUAGGGACUUCACGAAAUUUUCCAUGGAGAGUUUUUACUCGACUCAGUACUGCAGUUUGCAAAUGUUCCUCCAACGCUUCUUUAUUUUUCACUGAGAAGUCUGUAAAGAGAUUAAAACAAAUUGGAGCCAAAGGAGUGUAUAUGCGAGUUGUAGUUGACAGCGGGGGAUGUUCAGGAUUUCGGUAUAAAUUUGAGAUUGCGGAUAAAGUUCAGGAAAAUGACCAAAUUAUUGUACAGAAUGGAGUUACCGUAUUCAUCGAUAACGUCUCUCUCGAUUUAAUCAAAGGUUCAACAAUUGACUAUGAAGAUGAAUUGAUUCGAUCUGGUUUUUAUAUUGUCAACAACCCACAGGUUGAUAAAAGUUGCUCUUGCGGUGUUUCAUUUAGCCUUAAACUUGAUUAA